GAAGUCGACCGGCCCCGAAAAAAAAAAAAAACUCGGUUUUUUCCUUAACGCCCGUUUAGGGCAUCGACUCGGUCAAGUAAAGUAUCCGGCAUAAGCUUGUUACGGGGAUUCUUGGGGAUUCUUCCAUCCCGUCUACCUAAAAGUAUUAGUUUUCUAUCUGUCUGAACCAAACUUUGUUUGGCUCAAAUGAAGAACUUCUUUGGUAGCGGCAAGAAGCCAACGUCCUCCUCCACUCCUCCUCCUCCUCUUUCCUCUACAAGGAAAUCCGCCACUUUCGAGGAGCGCGAUCGUGAGAACCACGAUCCGGCGGAACAACCUCCCGCAUACUCGGAGCCUUCUUCUCCAGCGAGAGCCAAGUCGCCUUCAAAGUCUUCAAAGAGACUAUCUCGGCCCGCUUCUUACGCCGCCGAGUCCACAAAAUCUUCCUCGCGUUCUUCUAGACUGUCAAGGCAAUCUACCGACCCGGGCCAUUCUCACUCCCAUUCUUCCUCUCGUCGGCACAAAUACGAGCCCGAUACGCAUCCGCUCAACCUCCCUCCCGAAGAACGAAAGCGAUUAUCCGCUCUCGCCGCUGCAAUGAACGGUAACUCCAUGGAUGUCGACAGCGAGCCUGUUAAUGGCGCUCGUUCAACUACUCCUCCCAACCCGAAAGCCCAGACCAACUUUUCCGUCCCUAUUCCCAACGGCUCCAGUCAUGAUGACGGCGCCCCUCCGCCACCUCCUCAUAAAUCCAACCCUGGAAGCCCGACAAUUACGCCUGAGGAAGAUGCCGAAGCCUACAAGGCUGCUGGUAACCGAUUCUUUAAGGAGAAGAAUUACUACAAGGCUAUCGAGCAGUACAGCAAAGCUGUCGACCUGUUCCCCUUCUCCGCUACUUAUCUAGGCAACCGAGCUGCUGCUUAUAUGUCUAAUGGCCAAUAUGAGCAUGCUCUUGAAGACUGCUCCAGGGCUGCCGAUUAUGAUCCUCAGAAUGCCAAGAUUCUUCUACGCUUGGCCCGUAUAUAUACUGCUAUGGGCCGACCAGAGGAAGCCAUGACAACUUUCAACCGCAUUGACCCCCCACCAUCUGCUAAGGACAUGGCCCCUGCGAAGGAGAUGUUGCAUCAUAUUCAGUCUGCCCGUGAUAUUCUUGCACGCGGAUCUGGAUCUGGCAUGUCCAUGGUGCUUCAUGCUCUUGACCUGGCUGAACGCGGCCUGGGUCCUGGUGUCAGCAAGCCCCGCAAGUGGCAGCUCAUGCGUGGGGAGGCUUAUCUAUUAAUGGGACGGGAAAACUCAUUGGGAGAGGCGCAAAACAUUGCUAUGAACCUCCUCCGAAACAACAGCCAGGACCCUGAGGCUCUUGUUCUCCGAGGACGUGUUCUCUAUGGUCAGGGCGAGAACGAUAAGGCUAUCCAGUUCUUCCGUAUGGCUAUCAACUGUGAUCCUGAUUUCCGUGAUGCUGUCAAGUGGCUCAGAAUUGUCCAAAGACUUGACCGCAUGAAGGAGGAGGGCAAUACCGACUUCAAGGCAGGUCGUCUACAACAAGCCAUCGAGAAGUAUACCAAUGCUCUGGACAUUGACCCUUCCAAUAAGAGCAUGAACUCGAAGCUGUUGCAGAACCGGGCACAAUGCAAGAUCAAGCUCAAGCAGUACGACGAUGCCAUCGCUGACUGUGAGCGGGCCAUUAACCUUGACCCUGGUUACACAAAGGCCCGCAAGACCAAGGCCAAUGCUUUGGGUGGUGCCGAGAGGUGGGAAGACGCUGUUAAGGAGUGGAAGGCCAUCCAGGAGCUCGAUCCAGAGGACCGUACCAUCAUGCGAGAAAUCCGCAAGGCGGAGCUUGAGCUCAAGAAGGCUCAACGCAAGGACUACUAUAAGAUCGUUGGCGUUGAGAAGACCGCUACAGGUGACGAGAUCAAGAAGGCUUAUCGCAAGAUGGCUGUUAAGCUCCACCCUGACAAGAACCCUGGCGACCCUCACGCCGAGGAGAAGUUUAAGGACUUGCAGGAGGCUUACGAGUGCUUGAGCGACCCUCAGAAGCGUGCUGCUUACGACAACGGCGAUGAUCUUAUGGAUCCCAACGACAUGUUCGGUGGCGGCGGCAUGGGAGGAGGUAUGGGCGGCAUCGACCCGGAAAUCCUCUUCAGCAUGAUGGGCCAGCAGGGUGGUUUCGGCGGCGGUGGUUUCCGAUCUGCUGGAGGCUUCCCCGGCGGUGGCGGCGGCGGCGCCCACUUUAACUUUGGUGGUGCUGACCCCAGACAGCGUGGAGGAUUCCCCGGCGGUUUCAACUUUUCAUGACCAGCCGGCGCGGAUGAUGACGAUGACGACCUAUGGGAUAGUGAGGAUGAGGAUGCG